CGUAUUUCCGCUGAAAUGAUCGCUUUGCAGAAAAAUAAUAUUCUCGACCUCCCCCGGAUUGAUGUUAUUGAUUUUCCCGCCUUCAGUUGAAAAUUUCAAAUUCAAUUGCGAGCUGUAUGAUAAAUAAACAAUAUUUUUCAAGGCCAAAACAAUAUUUUUUUCAAAAAUGCCUAAUCGAUGUUCAAUCGUAGAAUGUCGUAAUGUUGACAACACGAAGGACAUCGCUUUUCACAGUUUUCCUGACGAAGAAAAAAACCCUGCACUUUUUUCGGAAUGGGUAAAUAGUAUAAAGAAAUGGUCGCCUCUCACAGUUCUAACUAAGUGGAGCAGAGUUUGCUCAGAUCAUUUUUCCGAUAGCAUGAAGAGAACAACAGGUAACAAAGUGUGUCUAGAAGAUAGUGCCGUGCCCACAUUAUUUCAACAGGUGCAGGAUGUUGAAUGCACGGAGAGCACUGAAAAGGUCAGGAAACUGAAGAGGAAUAUAACGAAAAUGCAAGUGUGUAUUUAGCCAAAAAUGGUUAUACUGUUUAAUGAUUGU